AUGUGGACGACCAGAACUCGAACAAACCCAAGGAAAGGUUUCCGGUCCUUGCGGUAUGAACACCAUGCCCUGCCUAUCUACCUAGAUUCGUCGCUGAUGAUCAGAAAGGGCGCCUUCUGUUCUAUCGCUCUCAUGUUCAAUAUCUGCGCGCUAGUCAAGGGAUGGCAGCAGAGUGUCUCAGCAGAUGGGGUAAUAUAUGAACUCCACCCACCCGGCUGGACCACUGGGCUCAAAGCGACUUCACUGGCGCUCUCAGUCGCCACGUAUAUGACAUACACGUUGACCAUGUUCCUCCACCCCAAGUCGAUCAAGGGUUUCAUCGUGACAGUGAUCGGCUGGUUCGCCUCGGCCAUUAUCCUGUUCAGCCUCAUCGGCGUUGAGGUCCGAAAGCAUCGGCACGCUCAGGGGCAGAAUGCUCUCACAUACACCCAGAAUUUCUUUGCCGCUGUAAUAUCCGCGGGACUCUACGUUCUCAUAGCAGUCCUGCUCUCAAUCUACAUGGCCAGCAUGCCAGCAUCUCCGUAUGGACAGGCAGAUAGGCGAAAAAUCGAAUACACAAGCAUUGUGUUCCGGAUCAACACUUUUGUCAUUCUGCUUCUCGGCGGAGCCGCAAUGUACAGCAGCAUUGAAGGCUGGUCGUUGAUGGAUGCUUUGUACUUUACCGACUACACCCUCCUCACUAUCGGGAUCACUAGCUUGGGUUUUGUCGUCACCGCUGUGGCAUCUUUCAUGGAUCGGAUGAGGGAGUUAAAGCUCGAGUGCAAGCUCAAGGAAGCUCGACGGGAAAUUGAAACCACAGAAUCUUCGAAGAAUCCAGCUGGAAGAGCUCCAUCACAGACCAGUCUGGUCAGAAGUCGUGUUCCCAAGAGUGAAGAGGUUCUGAAAGUACGCCACGUCAAAUCUACUUUCUAUCGAAAGAGGAGAUGGGCCGAGCUGGGUUUCAUCCUGGUUGCGUGGUUCGUCUUGUGGCUGGUUAGUGCAGGUAUUUUUGGCUACUCCGAGAGGAAAGACAAUUGGAGCUAUUUUGUGGCUCUCUAUUUCACCUACACAUCCCUGACCACGAUCGGUUAUGGGGACUAUUAUCCCACGAGCAAUUUCGGCAAGGUGUUCUUCAUCUUCUGGUCACUACUGGCCAUUCCGAUCCUGACAAACCUGGUCACGGUCAUGGGGACUGUUUUCCACAUAUGGCUAGUUUUCUGCACAGGUUGGAUAUGGCGACAUGUGUUUCGUAGAGGGCGCAAAGGGAAACAUCAUCAUCACGAUUAUAUCCGUCGUCCCAGCGAUGCAUCAGCCUUGAUUGCAACGAACAAAUCUCCAACAUCGGCAUCACGAGAUCAUGGGCUCAAUGUUGAUAUUCGAGCCCAGAGAGCGUGGGAGACUAGGCAAGGCUUGCCAUGUGCGCAGGUCAAUUCCAUACGAAGCGAUUCGGGCGAAGACGAGCAACACCAACUUGUAUCCAGGAGGGCCACGACACGCUAUCGACUCUUGCUCUUAGAAGAGAUCGAGAAUCUCAUUUCAAUGACGAGGGAUGAGUCUCCUGAACAUCGGGAAAAGCUCUGUUGCACAUGGUCAAGGAUCAUCCCCCUGCUUCAGGCCAAGGUCGAUACUGGCAACCUGGCUGAGCUCGCAGCCCUGCUCAUGUCUGCAAAUUCUGAACAUGAUAUUAUGGCGAAGCUCAAGAAUCCCCAAAAGGAACUAUUGGAGAGGAAUGUUGAGAUCUCAUGGAUGCUAUCCCUAUUAGUAGAGAAGCUUGUGUUUAAUAUAGGAGAAGAGCUUUCCGAGACCAAUGAAUGA